GGGUCUGGCACACCCUAACACUCCCCCCGUAACACACCUACGAGUAAAGAUGGCGUCUUCAAGGAAAUCUUCUCAAACUGAGGCGUACGAGUAUCCACACAGACACUCUUCCUUUAGCUCUUCCACCUCUAACAUUGAGCAUGAUCAUUCCCUUGAACACUCCCCUCUUGAUUCGCCCAAUGGCUCUGUUACUUCUGUUGGUCACACUGAUACUUCUUCAUCCAAACCACUCUACAAGAGCUCAUCAAUGGAAUUCCAUUAUCACGAUGAGAGUGAAUCAGAUGGAAACAUAUCUGGUGAACCCCCUCCAGAUCAGAAAUUAACUAAACGAGACAUUCAUUCAAUAAAUGAACAGAAGAGAAGGGAUUUAAUCAAAAAUGGUUAUGCUCAUUUACUGGAUCUUGUUCCAACUUGUCGUCCAUCAUCAGCUGGUAAUAGGCCAAGCAGAGCUGUCAUCCUCCAAAGAACAAUAGAUUAUAUAAUGUAUUUACACUCACAAGCCAUAAAACAGCAAGAUCAAGUUGAAGAAUUAGAAAAAGAAGUCAAGGCACUAUCAAUCAUGAAAGAAAACUAUGAGCAAAUAGCUAGGGCCCAUCAGAACACAGCUGCUACCAAUUCACAGCAACUUCCUGACUAUGUCAAGUUUAUUGUAUUUCGUGGGAUUGCUGACCAGUUAUUUCAAUCGUUCAACUCUAGUAUCGAUGUCACUAGCUUUGAUACUCUCUCCAGCUGCAUUAUAAACUGGUUAGAGGAGUGCUGUAAACCACAGACGUUACGUGAGAUAGUUCUCUCUAAUCUAAGAGUCGAUACACUAAAGCUACAACAACAGUCGCCACAGACAUCAGGCAAUACUAGUUGAUAUAACUAUGUCAAAACUUUGUUUUAUAACUUUCUGGCACAAACUUGUACAUAUACAUGCAGUUAUGGUAGCUUAUAAUUAUGUGUAAUAAUAAUUAUUAUUAUAAUUUUAUAUU